GUGGGGUCGUUUUGAUGCGCCACCAGCAGCAAGCAAUGUGCUCCACACCAGCCGACCGCCAAACCCAGUGCAGCCUGAGAUGAUCUAGUUGCCUUCGCAAAAGGAAGACCCAGUCUACCCGAAAUCCUCUCCAGAUCGGUUCAGGAGACCGAAGGGAAACGCAGUAGGGUGAAUAUCUGUGAUUUAGAAUUUUACUGAGUCAAAGGCGAGGGGCUUGUCUUUUUCAGGUCGCAGAUUCGUAAGAGGACAGCAAACUCGGGCCUAUUGUGUCGAAGUCGACUGCGUUUCGCCCCACAUUAGAUUCAAUCUGUGUAAUAUAUAUUUUUUUGCAAAUCUCCAUCGAUCAUGGCCUGGCCGUGCAUCACGCGGGCUUGCUGCAUCAACCGCUUCUGGAGCGAACUAGACAAAGGAGAUAUCGCGGUGCCUUUAGUGUUCACCAAAUACUCGGAUGUCGCCGACGUGCAGCAUUUUCCCCACCAUCCUCAACCCAGACAGAAGAGGAGCGGCCCCAUCGGCAUAGAAACGCAGCCUCAUCUCGGGGACCAGGAGUCCAAGGCGUCAUGUGCCGCAGGGGGCAAAGAUGGCUCUGCUUCCGUCACGCGCCAAGACUACCAGGCAUGGAAAGUGCGUCCCGAGCCAAGCUGCAAACCCAGGAACGAGUAUCACCCCUGUACGGGCCCGUUCAAUACGGAAACACAGUAUCAGAAGGAUUACAAGCCAUGGCCUAUCCCCAAAAAGGGCGACCACCCUUGGAUACCGAAGCCCAGCCCCACCACUACCACCAGCGGACGGAAGGGCAUCGCAGGCAGCAAGAAAGAGCACGCUGCGGCCGAGGCUGAGAGCGGCGUGGAGAAGAGUGAGAUCGAGGAGAAGGUGCAGGAGAAAGAAUUCAAGGAGGUGGCGAAAACAACACCAGCAAAGAGAGAAAAAUCUGUAGACAGGAAAACCGCUGAGAAACAGGAGGAGAAGCUGCAGCCCUCGGAUGCCAGUGCCGAGAGAAAGGGCCGGGCGGCCGCAGACGCUCUCAACAGACAGAUCAAGGAGGUGGUGUCGACGGGGAGUAGCUACAGGAAUGAAUUCAAGGCCUAUAAGGAUGUGAAGCCGACCAAGUCCUUCAAGACGUCCACGCCCUUCCAGCCCCCAGGGGUGGAGGUCCGCAAGGAGACCAGCUACAGCUCCACCUACAAGGGGGAGCAGGGCAAGCUGCUGAACGCCGACAACAAGCUGAUGGAUCGCCGGAGGAUACGCAGCCUGUACAACGAGCCCAGCAAGGAGGCCGCCAAGCAGGUCGACAAGCCAGCGUCUCGCUCCAAACCAAAAAAGACACCGACCACCACGACGGGAAGAAUGGUGAAGAAAACAAAGGAGAAGCUAGCUGCCGGUGCCCAGCCGGCCAGGAAGAAGGCCUCUUCCCCACUCACCCCCACGCCCGAGGGCGUGGUCACCAAGAAGAGCAAAGAGAUGAGCAACAGACUGGCCGAAGCAAAGCACUGAACACAUCACCCUCGGUGUUCUCCAUCCUAAUCCUCAUUGUCCCCUGUCCAGGUGCAUCUCACUAACCUGUCUCACCCCUCUGUCUGGGCAGACUGCUCCUUAAUACCCGGCUCCCCUUUGUCUCUGUGGCUGCUCACACUGGUAUUCUGUUUAGCUCCUCAACGGUGGGAGACGAUUAUCGUGUGGUUGUUUGUUGUAUGUGUGUGAGUGUCUUAACUGCGAACCACCUCGUGGGUGAGGCUGUUUUGUAUGUGUUUUCUACACAUAGCUGCUUUCUCUAUAUAUCUGAGCACCUUAUUUGCACACAUUUUGACAUAUGUAUGUACCUCUAUAUACUUUAAACUCAAGCUAAGAAUCUUAAAGCCAUUGAUGUACAUUUUAGCAAACGGGGGGGAGACCCUUUCCUUCCCCCCCUUAAAAUCGAAAUAUCGCAAUCUCUUUGAAACGCUAAUGAGACGUUAAGACUGUCCACACUGUCAGUGUUUUUAUUUUCAAUUUCAGAAAGUGUAUCGACUCCUAUGGUCUGCUGCUGAUUCAAAAUCUAAACUGCUGUUGCAUUUCCUGGUAACAGUGCCCGUGCUGUAUGGGCCUGGGCUCCAUUUCACUGUUCGGGGAGAGAUCUGGUUUCAUCCGUUUGGUUGCUAAGGAACCAAAUGUACUGUAAUAUAAUUGCCACAGCUUGCAUGGACGAAGACUCAAUUUUCGGUACCAACAAGUACCACACCUUGUAGUAGGACAUAUAGACCACGUCUGUUAGCUUGUGUAGGACACCGUCCAUGGGGAUUUUUCUAGGGCGUUUGAAGACCUUUCUACGUAUAAUGCAUGUUGUUGGACCCUCGUCAACGCGAUGUAAGGGAGUAGACUUUGACAAGAGAUGCAGACUAAGACGCUAGUUAAGCAGCUGUUCAGUGCUACGAAAGUAAACCCACCAGCAAAAAUAGUUCUGCCUUCAAACGGUCACACCAACACUGGGAUUUCUUGUUGAAUUCACCUUCACAUUAGAAACUAUAACCGUGUGUACAGCACAGUCUUUGUGUGACACACAACAACCUAAAAACAUAAAGGACCCCUGUAGAAGUGUAUGACAUAGACAACCCUGUACUGUAUUUACUAUGACCCCUCACUUUCAAUGGUCUACCGUUGCUGCUGUAACACGACUAUAAAAACGGGGCCACAAUCUCCAAGCCACCGUCCGAACAUCCUCUGCUUGUGUCUAAGAUGAGAUGGCAGUAUCUCAACCUUCCCGUGUCUUGAUUGUACGCACAGGCCCCCUCCGCCCUGUUAAAAAAGAAAAAUCCUUGCAGUGUGAUUGGCUGACAGGUUUUGAGUGCCCGGACUAGUGCCAGUCGCGUUUGGUUGUGCCUCCUCUUUGCUUGGCUUCUGUGAAUGUGUGCGUGUCUGUGUGUG